CGCCGACUGAAUUGAAGGUGGGGGCGGGGAAAGCUGGAAGCUGUCAGUGGAGAGAGUCAGACUCACGCUCCUGGCUAGAUUCCGAGCUGGAAAUUUCGGCGGAUCUAGCUAGCAGGCAAAGGGCAAUCUUAGCGCUCCAGGAGCGGCUUCUUUUGCAGAAGCACCUGAAAUGCAGGGUCUGGUACACUAAGCAGUAGCGGCAGCAGCAGCAGCCACUGCGACAGGCUGGGGCCCUGUGUAGACGCUCCAUCCCUUUGUGUUUGUGUCCGCCUGCGUCCCCAGACUCAGAGGCAGGUUAUCUUAGAAGAUCUAGGACUUGGAAAUGUUUCCCCUGAAGGAUGCUGAAAUGGGUGCCUUUACUUUUUUUGCCUCGGCUCUGCCACAUGAUGUUUGUGGAAGCAAUGGGCUUCCUCUCACACCAAAUUCCAUCAAAAUUUUAGGGCGAUUUCAAAUCCUUAAGACCAUCACCCAUCCCAGACUUUGCCAAUAUGUGGAUAUUUCUAGGGGAAAGCAUGAAAGACUGGUGGUGGUAGCUGAACACUGUGAACGGAGUCUAGAAGACUUGCUUCGAGAGAGGAAACCUGUGAGCUAUUCAACGGUUUUGUGCGUUGCAUUUGAGGUACUUCAAGGUCUGCAAUAUAUGAACAAACAUGGUAUAGUACACCGAGCACUGUCUCCUCAUAAUAUUCUUUUGGACCGAAAGGGACAUGUUAAAUUGGCUAAAUUUGGACUUUAUCACAUGACAGCUCAUGGUGAUGAUGUUGAUUUCCCAAUUGGGUAUCCAUCAUACUUGGCACCUGAGGUAAUUGCACAAGGAAUUUUCAAAACCACUGAUCAUGUAUCAAGUGAAAAACCAUUGCCUUCUGGCCCAAAAUCAGAUGUGUGGUCUCUUGGAAUCAUUUUAUUUGAGCUUUGUGUGGGAAGAAAAUUAUUUCAGAGCUUGGAUAUUUCUGAAAGACUAAAAUUUUUGCUUACAUUAGAUUGCGUAGAUGACACUAUAAUAGUUCUGGCCGAAGAGCAUGGCUGUCUGGACAUCAUAAAGGACCUUCCCGAAAAUGUGAUAAAUCUUUUGAAGAAGUGUCUCACCUUCCACCCUUCCAAGAGGCCAACUGCCGAUGAAUUAAUGCAGGACAAGGUAUUUAGUGAAGUGUCACCUUUAUAUACUCCCUUUACCAAACCUGCCAGUCUGUUUUCAUCUUCUUUGAGAUGUGCUGAUUUGACUCUGCCUGAGGAUAUCAGUCAGCUAUGUAAAGAUAUAAACAGUGAUUACCUGGCAGAAAGAUCUAUUGAAGAAGUCUAUUACCUUUGGUGUUUAGCGGGAGGUGACUUGGAGAAAGAGCUUGUCAACAAGGAGAUCAUUCGGUCUAAACCACCGAUCUGCACACUCCCCAAUUUUCUCUUUGAAGAUGGUGAAAGCUUUGGACAAGGUCGAGACAGAAGCUCACUAUUAGAUGACACCACCGUGACAUUGUCCUUAUGCCAGCUAAGAAAUAGAUUAAAAGAUGUUGGUGGAGAAGCAUUUUACCCACUACUUGAAGAUGACCAGUCUAGUUUACCUCAUUCAAACAGCAAUAAUGAGUUGUCUGCAGCUGCCACUCUCCCUUUAAUCAUCCGAGAGAGGGACACAGAGUACCAACUAAACAGAAUCAUUCUCUUUGACAGGCUGCUAAAGGCUUAUCCAUAUAAAAAAAAUCAAAUCUGGAAAGAAGCAAGAGUUGACAUUCCUCCUCUUAUGAGAGGUUUAACCUGGGCUGCUCUUUUGGGAGUUGAGGGGGCUAUUCAUGCCAAGUAUGAUGCAAUUGAUAAAGAUACUCCAAUUCCUACAGAUAGACAAAUCGAAGUGGAUAUUCCUCGGUGUCAUCAGUAUGAUGAACUGUUAUCAUCACCAGAAGGUCAUGCAAAAUUUAGGCGUGUAUUAAAAGCCUGGGUUGUGUCUCAUCCUGAUCUUGUGUAUUGGCAAGGUCUUGAUUCACUUUGUGCUCCAUUCCUAUAUUUAAAUUUCAAUAAUGAAGCCUUGGCUUAUGCAUGUAUGUCUGCUUUUAUCCCCAAAUACCUGUAUAACUUCUUCUUGAAAGACAACUCACAUGUAAUACAAGAGUAUCUGACCGUGUUCUCACAGAUGAUUGCAUUCCAUGAUCCAGAGCUGAGCAAUCAUCUCAAUGAGAUUGGAUUUAUCCCAGAUCUCUAUGCCAUCCCUUGGUUUCUCACCAUGUUUACUCAUGUAUUUCCACUGCACAAAAUUUUCCACCUCUGGGAUACCUUACUCCUUGGGAAUUCCUCUUUCCCAUUCUGUAUUGGAGUAGCAAUUCUCCAGCAGCUACGGGACCGGCUUUUGGCUAAUGGCUUUAAUGAGUGCAUUCUUCUCUUCUCUGAUUUACCAGAAAUUGACAUUGAACGCUGUGUGCGGGAAUCAAUCAACCUGUUCUGCUGGACUCCUAAAAGUGCUACUUACAGACAGCAUGCUCAACCUCCAAAGCCAGUUCCUGAUAGCAGUGGCGUCAGAAGUUCGACACCUUUUUUCUCCACUGAGUGUCCAGAUCCUCCAAAAACAGAUUUGUCAAGAGAAUCUAUCCCAUUAAAUGACCUAAAGUCAGAAGUAUCACCCCGGAUUUCAGCAGAGGACCUGAUUGACUUGUGUGAACUCACAGUGACAGGCCAUUUCAAAACACCCCCCAAGAAGACAAAGUCCAGUAAACCAAAGCUCCUGGUAGUUGACAUCCGGAAUAGUGAAGAUUUUAUUCGGGGUCAUAUUUCAGGCAGCAUCAACAUUCCAUUUAGUGCUGCCUUCACUGCAGAAGGGGAGCUUACCCAGGGCCCUUUCACUGCUGUGCUCCAGAGCUUCAAAGGGAAGGUCAUUGUCAUCGUGGGGCAUGUGGCAAAGCACACAGCAGAGUUUGCAGCACAUCUUGUGAAGAUGAAAUAUCCAAGAAUCUGCAUUCUAGAUGGUGGAAUUAAUAAGAUCAAGCCAACAGGCCUCCUCACUGUCCCAUCUCCUCAAAUAUGAAGAACCAAGACUGUGACUAUGAAAAGGACAGAGUGGUAUCAGCUCCCAAUUGCCCAACUCUUCAUGGCCUCGCUACUCGAAGACAGAGCUAGACUUCCAGAUUGUUGCAUUUCCAUAAAGUUUUAUCACAAAACAUUUUUUUUUUAAAUCUCAUAACUCACAUGUUCAGCUAUUCAGGCACAAACUUGACUGUACAUGUAUUGCUGAAAGAAUGUCCUUAACAGUGAAAUCUGAUCAUGUAUUUUUACCACAGUGCAACACAAAGCCAGAGGAAUUCAGCUGACAAGGCAGAUUUAGCAUUAUCAAGAAAUCUCAGUUGCACUGAAAAGUUGUCUCCAACUGCACUGACCAGACAGUCCUAACAAAGGUAUUGUUUAGAAACAUAGACUGAAUGGGGGUGGAAUAAUCUUUCCAUGAUAGUGAAAAGUAAAAAGCUAUUCGCAAUAUAUUCCUUAUAAGUAAAUGCU